CUAUCGAGUACAUUGUCGUCUGCUCACUGUCAAUAAACAAACGCUGAAGUGAGUUUCUUUUUGUGCUGCGGAGCCUGUGCCAUACAUAGACCAGAAUUGACAUACGAUGGACUUCCAACAUCGUGUUGGAGGCAAGACAGGCACGGGCGGUGUCGCAUCAUGGAGUGAAACGAACCGAGAUCGUCGCGAGCGACUUCGGCAGUUGGCGCUCGAAACAAUUGACCUUCACAAGGAUCCCUAUUUCAUGAAAAAUCACUUGGGAUCGUACGAAUGUAAACUCUGUCUGACGCUGCACAAUAAUGAGGGUUCGUAUUUAGCGCAUACCCAGGGCAAAAAGCAUCAGCAGAAUCUUGCUCGACGUGCUGCAAGAGAGGCUCGAGACAACCCUAUCCAGCCAGCGCCGGCAAAACCCCGUGUCGACAUUAAGAAAUUUGUCAAAAUCGGACGUCCAGGGUACAGGGUGACAAAACAGCGUGAUUCUGAAACCGGGCAGCAGUCCCUGCUUUUUCAGGUGGACUAUCCAGAGAUUUCAGAAUCGGUCGUGCCUCGCCAUCGAUUCAUGUCCGCUUAUGAACAGAAAAUUGAGCCGCCAGACCGUAAAUGGCAAUACCUUCUAUUCGCCGCAGAGCCCUACGAGACCAUCGCGUUCAAGGUGCCUUCUCGUGAAGUCGAUAAGAGUGAUUCAGAGAAGUUCUGGACGUUGUGGAACAAGGAAACAAAACAGUUUUUCUUGCAGUUCUCAUACAAGCUGCCGAAAACAAUGUUUUAGCAUAUCUUGAUCAAAUUAUCGUUAUUUGUAUUUAUGAAUAUAUUUAAUAAAAGCCAUUUUGUAUUUCUCACAACGCUU